AUGUCCAACUCAAGGCUGCGCAAAAAUCAACCCACUAAACUUACGGACGAGCUCUGUCUCUAUUCGGGGGUUUGUGAAAAUCGUACAUGCAGAGACCGACAGAGAAGUCUUGAAGAAGACAGGAAAAAGAGAAUGGUUGAUUUACAAAACUAUAGCAAAGAAUUGGCUAAAAAAGACAGUGCCGUAAGAGAACUGCAACAAAGAUUGAAAACUGUGAUGAGUGAGCUAGAUCAAAACAAAAAGAAAUAUAUGAGUUUACAUGAAUCGAACCAAGUGCUGGUGAAGCAGAACCAGCAGAUCCAGCAGAUCAAAGAUGACGCAGAAAUUAGAAUCGAGGAAUUGUCUCGUGACUUGGAGGAAAAAAGCUUAGCGAUAAAAGAUAUGCUCGAUUCUCACAGCGAAUUCCGUCGACAAGCAAGCCAAUGGCGAAAAGAAGCUUGUGAACUUCAAGCUGCUUUUGGAGAAUUCAGCAAUGCUGAACUGGGUGAUGAAAAUCCGCAUAACAGCACAAGUUUUGAGGCCGAAGUUACCGAGUUGAAGCACAUUUUGAGCCAGGUCUGCAUGAUGGAGCUGGCCACUUCAAUAAAUGACAGAGCCGCAAAUUCGCAUCUAGGUUACAACUUUUAUUCCAAACCUCGUAGUACCGAUCGUAGAGCAUCUCUUUCCUGUCUGUUGCAAAAACAUAUUAUCCAGCUCAUUUUAAAACUGUGGGAUGACUCUUUGGAAAAGUAUACUCAACGGGGAAUGGAUGAUAUGAGAGACGAUUUUGAUUUCGUGCAUUUAGAAAAUUCCGUCGCAAAGACUUGGGCUUCCGCACCCAUAAAAAAAUUCUUCACUUACGUGAAAUCCACCCCGCAACCGCUCCGAAUUAGUGAAACCAUGUCUUUCCAGCAUGAAUAUGAUGAUAUCAUGUCAACGACAGCAAACGCGAUGCAAUAUUUAGACGGUCUUGAAAAAGCUUUAAACGAAGUUGAAAAAAAGGAGGAUGCUCAAAUGUUGGUUAUCAAACUACGUCAGUUAUUGCUUCCUUGUCUUUGCAGCAAAGUCUGCGCGGCACAGAAUCCAGCUAUUCAAAAUAUCAUAAUGAGCGUCUUGAAACGUUUGCGGGAAUUUCGCACGAUUAGAGAACCGAAAUAUGUCAGCGAUGAAGAAAAUCUGGUCAGACAAUUGGUACCGAAAUGCAUAAAACUGCUCGGUAUUCAGUUCAAAAUUUAUUAUCCCAGGGCAAGCCUCAAAUGGUACGAGCACAGAGAAGUUCUCGAAGUGGAUGCGCGUACGUGGAUAGACGUUGAUGGUUGCGACGAUGGGUCUGCGGUUGAUAUUUGCAUGUUUCCAUUAGUGUAUGCCGGAGAUUAUAACGACCCGGAAAGAGUGUACGCUAAAGCAAAGGUCACUGUAAUAUAA